GGCUGUCAUAUUGUUUAAAACAUCUAUUUUCACAUUCUGGUCUACUGUACCUGAACAGGUCUGACUUUCCCUUGUAUUCGUCAUUCAUUCUGCUCAUUCAUGGUCUACAGUUGUUUUAGCAUUUUUAGUUACAUUGAAGAUGACAAAUGUUGAAGCUGACAGUAACAUUUUUAAUGAAGAAACAAGCAGUAUUGGAGAAAGGUUUCCUAACGGUUUCCCAGUGCGAACUCCUCCUCCUGUCCCGGGCUGCUUCCUAUGUUCUCUGUGUGUUUUGAAUGGCCGCGUUCGGGACAGUUACAUAUGAAACUGGGUCACAGGUGGGGGCGUUGCCACUUCAAUUAUUAAAAUGAGGUCUCUCUCUCCGCCAAUGGCAUAAUGUCUGCAGUUGGGACAGGAGCUGCAGAUUCCCAGCUUAGCAGAGCUAGUCAGUCUCACUGUGCUCAUUCUUUGUUCCGCGUCGGUACAUGAGCAGGGCUGCCCCGGUUGCCACCUUGUAUUGCCCAGAGAACAGAAUUUCUGCCAAUUCUGUUUGUAUAUUUUUUACUUUUAUUAAUUAUACUGGACAUUUUCUACAUUUUGAAGUAUUACCUUUUGGUGUUAAUGGACAAAAUAAUAAUGAAUUCCCAGUUUUAUACAGUGGAGAUGGACGUUGGUGUUUUUCCACUGAGGAAUUUAUCCAUCUCUUUUCUGUCAUCUGUGCUUGCAAAAGAGACAACUCCAGUCAGGCUUGACAAUAGCUCUUCUGGUGCCAGCUUGGUGGCCAUCGACAAUAAAAUCGAACAAGCAAUGGACCUGGUAAAGAGCCACCUGAUGUAUGCUGUGAGAGAAGAGGUAGAUGUGUUGAAGGAACAGAUUAAGGAGCUGGUAGAGAGGAACUCCCAGUUGGAGCAGGAGAACAGCCUCCUGAAAACCCUGGCCAGCCCAGAGCAGAUGGCUCAGUUCCAGGCUCAGGUCCAGCCCAGCUCUGGCUCCCCGACAGCGACAGGCUCCUCUAACCCCCAGCCUCAGCCCCUGCCGUCCUCACAGAGCUCUGGGACCUCUACAUAGCCCCCUUCCUCGGAGAGACGUACGCAGGAGGGAGGAGAACCUUUACUCUACUGCGAACUGACCUCAUGCAAAGAGAAGAACCACUAUGGCUCAAUCAAGGAGAGACUGCUACAAAAAUAAAAACCAUGUUUUGCACAUUUAUUUAACUGACCAAAGACAAUGAUGGACACUUGUGUGUCAGGUGUUCUCUUCGCUUGGAAUGCUUCAGACGAUCGCCAUGGAGACCAGGGAGGUGAAUGGAACAGAUGGACAGUUGUCAUGGAGAUGAAACAGACAACAACCCACAACUGGUACACUGUCUUCAGAUCUCUACAGUGACUGUUGAAUUGUGUGCCGUUGCUGCCAUUUCUUUACAUUUUCAUUUUGUUGGAUUAUUACCUAGCUGUGAAUUGAAUCAAAGAACAAGAAAUGAUGUGCAUUAUCUGUAGGGGCCAUUAAAGAAAGAGAAAACAAGACCCCAUCUGGUAGGGUGGAACAUACAGUGCAUUAUCUGUAGGGGCCAUUAAAGAAAGAGAAAACAAGACCCCAUCUGGUAGGGUGGAACAUACAGUGCAUUUGGAAAUAAAUUCAGACCACUUUAGUUUUUCCAAAUUUUGUUGCAUUUACAGUCCAUUCUAAAAAUUGAUGAAAUUGUUUUUUUCCCACAUCAAUCACCUCAAUCUACCCCGUAAUGACUAAACAAAAACAGUUUUUUUUGUCAUUUUAGGAAAUGUAUUAAAUAUAAAAAACGGAAAUAUCACAUUUACAUAAGUAUUCAGACCCUUUACUCAGUACUUUGUUGAAGCACCUCUGCCAGCGAUUACAUCCUCGAGUCUUCUUGGGUAUGAUGCUACAAGCUUGGUACACCUGUAUUUGGGGAGUUUCUCCCAUUCUUCUCUGUAGAUCCUCUCAAGCUCUGUCAGGUUGGAUGGGGAGAGUUGCUGCACAGCUAUUUUCAGGUCUCUACAGAGAUGUUAGAUCGGGUUCAAGUCCGGGCUCUGGCUGGACCACUCAAGGACAUUCAGAGACUUCCUGAAGCCACUCCUGCAUUGUCUUGGCUGUGUGCUUAGGUUGUUGUCCUGUUGAAAGGUGAACCUUCACCCCAGUCUGAGGUCCUGAGCGCUCUGGAGCAGGUUUUCAUCAAGGAUCUCAUUGUACGUUGCUCCGUUCAUCUUUUCCUCGAUCCUGACUAGUCUCCCAGUCCCUGCUGCUGAAAAACAUCCCCACAUCAUGAUGCUGCCACCACCAUGCUUCACCGUAGGGAUGGUGCCAGGUUUCCUCCAGACAUGAUGGUUGGCAUUCAGACCAAAGAGUUCAAUCUUGGUUUCCUCAGACCAUAGAAUCUUGCUCCUCAUGUUCUGAGAGUCUUUAGGUGCCUUUUGGCAAACUCCAAGUGGGCUGUGCCUUUUACUGAGGAGUGGCUUCCAUCUGGCCACUCUACCAGAAAGGCCUGAUUGGUGGAGGGCUGCAAAGAUGGUUGUCCUUCUGGAAGGUUCUCCCAUCUCCACAGAGGAGCUCUGUCAGAGUGACCAUCGGGUUCUUGGUCACCUCCCUGACCAAGGCACUUCUCCCCCGACUGCUCAGUUUGGCCGGGCGGCCAGCUCUAGGAAGACUGUUGGUGGUUCCAAACUUCUUCCAUUUAAGAAUGAUGGAGGCCUCUGUGUUCUUGGGGACCUUCAAUGCUGCAGAAUGAUGGAGGCCUCUGUGUUCUUGGGGACCUUCAAUGCUGCAGAAUGAUGGAGGCCACUGUGUUCUUGGGGACCUUCAAUGCUGCAGAAUGAUGGAGGCCACUGUGUUCUUGGGGACCUUCAAUGCUGCAGAAUGAUGGAGGCCACUGUGUUCUUGGGGACCUUCAAUGCUGCAGAAUGAUGGAGGCCUCUGUGUUCUUGGGGACCUUCAAUGCUGCAGAAUGAUGGAGGCCUCUGUUCUUGGGGACCUUCAAUGCUGCAGAAUGAUGGAGGCCUCUGUGUUCUUGGGGACCUUCAAUGCUGCAGAAUGAUGGAGGCCUCUGUGUUCUUGGGGACCUUCAAUGCUGCAGAAAUGUUUUGGUACUCUUCCUCAGAUCUGUGCCUCAACACGAUCCUAUCUCGGAGCUCUAUGGACAAUUCCUUCGACCUCAUGGCUUGGUUUUUGCUCUGACAUACACUGUCAACUGUGGGCUGUUAUAUAGACAGGUGUGUGCCUUUCCAAAUCAUGUCCAAUCAAUUGAAUUUACCACAGAUGGACUCCAAUCAAGUUGUGUAAACUUCUCAAGGAUGAUCAAUGGAAACAGGAUGCACCAGAGCUCAAUUUCGUGUCUCAUAGCAAAUGGGUCUGAAUACUUAUGUAAAUAAGGUAUUUCUGUUUUUGUUUUAUAAAUUUGCUAAAAUUUCAAAAACCUGUUUUCGCAUUGUCAUUAUGGGGUAUUGUGUGUAGCUUGAGGAUUUUAAAAUUCUAUUUAAUCCAUUUUAGGAUAAGGCUGUAACAACAAAAUGUGAAAAAAUUUGAGGGGUCUGAAUACUUUCAGAAUGCACUGCAAUAGAAGAAACACUAUUCUCACAGCGGUCUAUUCCAUAUGAGGGGUGAUGUGGUGUAACAGAACUUUAGAAGAAGCAGUGAUCGCCUCAAUGUCACCCUCUCUCCUCCUCUCUCGUCUCUUCUCCUCCUCUCCUCUCCCCUCUCUCCUCUCCUCCUCUCUUCUCCUCCCUCAGACGUAAUGAUGGAGAUGUUGCCCCUCCUCUCUCCCUCUCUCUCCUCUCCACUCCUCCUCUCUCCUCUCUUCUCCUCCCUCAGACGUAAUGAUGGAGAUGUUGCCUCUCGUCUCUUCUCCUCCUCUCUCCUCUCCCCUCUUCCUCUCUCCUCCUCCUCUCUUCCUCUCUCCUCUCUUCUCCUCCCUCAGACGUGAGGAAAUGGAAAUGUUUUGGGAAAGGGGGCUGAUGAGAGUUUCAGUGUUUUUGGGAUAGGGCUGUUUCUAGGUUUGUUCCAGAUACCAAUUCAACCUAUGUUCAGCAAACAGCCUGUUUUCCUCAGGCUGGACUGUGAUGUUACUGCUCAGAGCGGGAAGAGAAUAGCCACUCCAGACUCUAUACAGACUGUGUCUAACCCUCACACUGACAGCCCCUUGUACUGCACUGUAUAUGAUUGACCUGUGCAGAAGAUGUUCACUUGCUCAAAUCAUUUAAACUAUUGGACAAUUUGAAUAAAUAAAUAAAUAUAUAUUAUAAGGAAAUAAAAGCUAGUUUAAUAAAGAAGUGCUCUGUACAUUGACCCGGGAUAUAAGGAAAUAAAAGCUAGUUUUUUAAGGGUAAUGUGUAGAAGUACCAGUCAAGUUUGGACUCACCUACUCAGUCCAGGGUUUUUAUUUGUACUAUUUGUCACAACACAACUGAUUGGCUAAAAUGCAUUAAGAAGGAAAGAAAUAUCACAAAAGUGCUCAGCAUAUGUGGGAACUCCUUCAAGACUGGUGGGAAAGCAUUCCAGGUGAAGCCGGGUUGAGAGAAUGCCAAGAGUGUGCAAAGCUGUCAUCAAGGCAAAGGGGUAGAAAAUAGUAAAAAUAAAGAAAAAUCCUUGAAUGAGUAGGUGUGUUCACACUUUAGACUGGUACUGUAUGUCAGAAAGGCCUGAUUGGUGGAGUGCUGCAGAGAUGGUAGUCUCUGUUUUACUCUACUCCUCUCAUCCUUGAAUGAGUAGGUGUGUUCACACUGUAGACUGGUACUGUAUGUCAGGACAAUGUUUCUCAUCCCACAACAAAUGUGACGUUACAAUUGCACUUGGACUUAAAUAAAAUGGAAAAACUCAAUUGAAA